UGAUAGGACCUCUAGGAAGCAUUGCAUGUAAGUCACGACCAAUCCCAACAGACUAUUGCUCAAUCGAUGUCAGGGGUGGGGUGAAAAUUUCUACUCCUAAACACUUCAAUACUCCUUUCAGAUUGUGUUUCACAAAAAAGAACCAAGUAGUAAUACCUAUGUGUAUUCUGAUCUACAUAACUUUAUCCAAGAAAAAUUAAAUCAAAUUUUUCGAAUAUGCUUUCUCAAAUGACAAAUUUUAUCGAUUCUUCUUGAUAUUAUCUGGGCACGUGUCUGUUUAUGUGACUGAACUCUUAGAUUGCUAAGAAAAGCUAAGAGAUAAUACAGAUCACUAACUGAGUUGCUAGUGCAAACUAGUUAUUGUAAUUAUUUUUGUCUACUUCUUUCUCCCAGAAGCUUGAUUCCACCCAAUGCUGCUGAAUUGAAAUGAGAUCUUUAGAACAGUCGAAAUUAUUUGAAAGCAGAUUACAAGGUUCACAUUUUAUCUAAUAGUCCAGUACCUGAUCAUUGUUCAACAUUCGGUCUCAGCGUUACUGUUAGUAAAUAUUGGCAACAGAACUACGACCAUGAUCAUGAUGAAAAAUGUGAUUGAUGCAAAUUACUCAAAACUACUUUAUAUAAAAUUCGUAGAUUUAUCCAGCAAUAUCAAACAGAUUCAGCACAACGUGAUCGUCUAACUCAUCAGAUGCAACAACAAGUUCAGUAUAUUGAAGAAUGGAAAGCACAUCUUUUACGUACUGUUCAUCAAGGCUAA